AUGGCAGCGCCUUCAGCCUUUUUCGAGCGCGUCUUCUGCCAGCGAUUGGCGCAUCCCACUUUCUCAGCCGCGAGAAAUGCUUCUCGCUUUUUCGCUGCGAGUCAAGGCCACGCUCAGAUUCAGCCUCUCUGCGCACCUCUCUGUUCGGCUUUGAGCUCUUCGCGCGCCACCUCAGUGCAGAGUGUGUUUAAGAAAGGGCAUUUUCUGUCGGAUUUGCUGCCUCAAACGCACGCGUCAGCGAUCGCUCCUUCGCAAGCACCGGCCCUCGUCGCGAAACGAGGCGUCGCGGGGGGUGCGUACUACUGGGCAAGAGACAGAGAAGUCCGAUACGACGAUGAAGCCGUUCAUGAAUGGAGAGAAAAAUUCAACAACCUCAAACCGUACGAUGACAAAGAACUCCGCGCGUGGCGUCGGGUUUUUGAUUCGAUGGACCGCGACAUGGACGGCUACAUCUCGCGAGCAGACUUGCAAAAGACGCCUGAUUUCACGCUGGCGAAGGCUCAGAAGCUGAAAUACUACGACACGGACAAGAACAACUUGAUUGACUUUGGCGAGUUUGUUGAAGCCCUGUACAAUGUAGACAAGGAAAUGUUUCUCGAGUCCUUCGAGGGCUUCGACCAGGUCGACAUUCAGCUGGAAUUCGACAAAUACGCCAUUGUCGACGACAUGUCUCCGACGAAGAAACAGAUCCCAGAAUCGCGAGUGAAGGAGAUGAUGCUGGACCACAAGUUCACGUGUGUAACGGCCUUGGAUGCGAAGCGCCUCUUCCAGGAAAUGGAUGUGAACAAGGACGGAGUUGUUGAUUUAGCCGAUUUCAAGGAGUGCGUCCAGCGACGGUGA